UUAUUUCAGAAAAAAUGGCGGCGAUUCUCGAAGCCAUGCCUUGUGAGAGUUGUCACAAUAUCGAGCUUAGUGAUAAACGGAACAAAAUUGCAUCAAUUGUCUCCGGGUUUCUCUUCUUCUCCGGGUGGUGGUUUGCUAUAGAUGCGUCCUCCUCAGACUACCAGAACACCAGAGAUGUGUUCCAUCUGUGCGGAGUGUUCAGUGCUCUCUCCAUGUUUAUGGUGAACACUGUGAGUAAUGAUCAACUACGAGGCGAAGGUUUGACUGAUGGUGUGUGUGGGGGAGGAAUUGCUCCUAAAAUGUGGUUCUUCUUCGCAUUCCUCAUGGGGUUCGGAUCUCUUUUGGGCUCCUGUUGGAUCCUAUUCGGUGAGUACGUCAUGGAGAACGAGGCAUCAAGGAAGGAGUUUAAUCCGACCACUAUCUAUCCUGGGGUUGCGUUCUUUCUGCAGAACCUCUUCAUUUUUCUCUCCUCUCUAGUCUACAAGUUCGGGAGAACUGAGGAUCUCUGGGGUUAACUCUGAACACAUGUUGUUUAAUUCCUCUGGGUCUGAUUUCAGAGUCGGAGUUGAAGAUCAAUGAUCAGUAUACCUCUGGUCAUAUAGUUGUAUCAAUUCAAUACUGUUCUUAUAGAGCAAAGUCAAAUUUAAAGACGACAUAUUUAAUUUAGUACGGCCCGUUGUAGAAAAACUGUUAAGAAAAUAUGAUUGAUUGUGAAAGGAUAACCAGACCGCAUCCCAUCAUCAUUGUAAAAUAUCGUUUUUAAAUCUGAAUAUGCUCCCAAAACAGUUGCAUGUGUCGUAUAAAUAUUUUUGAUUCCCUUUAUACCAUAUUUUACAUUCUACAAGGCUUGAAAUAAACACAAUCAAUGUCUAAUGAUAAAACUAUGAUUGAAUGGAAACCUAUCAAAAUUCCCCAAAAAUUUACCCAUCAAUACAUUCGCUGCAUUUUUUUUUUGUCUCGUUCAAUUGGAAGAUGCCUGUUCUUCCAACUCCCCGGCCCCCAUAUCCAUUACUUGAGAGCUUUAUUCUUCUAUAGUGAGUAAAUGAACCUGUAAUUAAAAAUUUGUCACAACUUCUGUAUUCUAAUUCCCUCUCCUAUUGUAUGGUUCUGUGUAAAAAUGUGAUCUCUACCUUUGAUUCUUGCUUAAAGUGUCGAAGAUGUAUUGUACUGUAUGUAAAGCAUAUGCGUAAUGCGUAUAACUGUACACAUAAAUUAUAUAAAUAUGCAUACGCGUACAUAAAUAUGAAAAUGUAGGUUCAUAAACUAAUAUUGAAUGAUGUAAUCGUCUAUUUUAGACCAUAUUAAAAAAAAUUUAGAUGUUUCCCGUUUUGUAAAUAAACUUUAACUUUUU